ACCCUUGGUUUAAGCAGAGAAACAUGAAAAGUGGGUGAGAUAGGGAGUUGUAACUUGAAAGAUAUAGGAUUAAUUUGACAGAUGAUUUUGAAAGGAUCAACAUACCUGGGACUUUCUUGCAAGGAAGCCGCAGAUGGAGGUCUCUGGUGGACAGCCACACCUACUGGUCCGGAGAGUAGUUAGGACCUGUCAACAGAUGGCGCUUUGCAAGUGGACGUGGGCUUGGGCCCACACAGUUUCACUGCGUUGCAUUCAGUCGUCGACUGCAGGGAUAUUUGAUGGCUCUUUGGAACAUGGGAAGAGUGAGGGUUAAAAGCCCAGUAUGUAUUUGAAGGGGGUGGUCUCAGUAGCAGGUUUGAACAGGGAAUUCUGAGUGUAUUCCAUCCAAGGAAGGAAGGGACUCCAGUUCAGAUGGCAGUAAGCACAGAGGAAUUUUCCCAGAUCUUGAUUUAGGUGCUCAGUUUGUCCACUGGAUUGAGGAUGAUACCCAAAUGUUAGGCUUACAUUGACAUUGAGCAGUUUGAAGAAUGCGGACCCUAGUCAGAGUUGCAGAGUUGCUGAUGGUGACUGGCCAGCAUUUUCACUUGUGCAGUAACAAUUUUAUGUAGCUGUUGAACCACUGCUGGAUCCAGUUGCAGUGACGUCUUCUGUUAAGAAGAGACUGAGGCGGAGUCGUUAGGAUCCAUAUGCAGUUUAAUGAUAACAACAAAAACGUAGUUUAGUAAACAGGCAGGGGUUUGGUACACAAAGUUCAGUCCAACUAAGCAAACAAAGUACAAACCACUAGGCAGGAGAGAAGUUGAAAACAAUGGGCAAACCGAUUCUUAAACUCACAGGUAGGCAGGGAAAUCCAAAUAAACAGGCACAAGUUAAACACAGGAAAAAUUACAGAAAUAUAAAAGCUCAAAAUUGCAGGCUAGGCUAACAAGACUUUGCAAAGAGUAAGAGAACACGGGGAGCUUAAAUAGCCCAGGACUAAUAGGAAACGUGCAAAGGGAAAAUGAGUCUGGGCAGAGGUCUAUGGGAAAUGCAGUUUGUGAAAGUAAAGAACUAAGGGAUGGAGCUCUCUGGUGGCAGUUCGCAGAUGCUGUAGGUGUAACAGUCUAAAGAGGACUAUCGAAAUAAAGCGUAACCCUUAAUUAUUAGGGACAAUAUCUUAUUAUCAUUAUCGCAUACGAAUUUCCAUAGAUAGUUUCAAUGAUAGUUGCUAUGUUUACAGUGUGAUGAAACUAUCUCUGGUUAAAACAAUAUUUGUAAUCAUUAGUAUGCCAGAUUUAUUAUUGACAGCAUGUAGUUUCACAUUUUUGAGAUGUUUGUCUGACUGCUGAAGAUAGAAUGAUAUAGAAGAUAUAGGAUGCUAUCUCAUAAAUUUGUAAAACCUUUUAAAAUUAUUAGGGCUUAGAGUUGGCUUUGAGUUUGACCUUAUUGUAGGUUAAUAUGUUCUCAUUUAUUUUAAGAGGAAAUUCAAAGAGGAACAUGGGUAACUGUGUUCCCUUAAGCUCUAUUACUAGCAGAACUUAUACUUAUCAUAAAAGGAAACAGGUUUUUUUUUUUGACAUGUAACUGCAGGCUAGACUAAAAUGGAACUUGUCUGAUCUAUGUAGUACUGUAACACUCAUUCAGUUAUAAUCAUUUUGCUCUAUCUGACUUUCACUUGAAAGUUUUUCACUGUGAGGUUUACCACAGUCAUGAAUAUAGGUGGAGCUUAUGGUGUGAGAGACACAAAGAGCAUCACCAAGAGUUCUGUCACACUUGUCAAAGCUGAUACUGAUCUUUAGUGUGACAGAAAUCUAACAUUUCUAUGUAUGUCACAGACCAAAAGUGAAUCUCACUGUAGGUGACGUGACUAAGUGCAGAAAAGAUUCGUAAUGUGGAGUCUUGGUUACUCCACGCGUAAGCUUGCAGUGGGUGGAGGUGUUUGGAGCAGCUUUCAGAGAUGUUCAGUCUUUUCUUCAUGUAGGAGGACAUUUUGAAGACACCACAUGAGAUCAGUGUGUAAGAUUAUGAAGUUUACAGCAGUGAAAAGUAAUUUCAUGAGGAAACCCAGCAAUGUAUCUCCCAGCUGUCAAACUAAAGCAAACGGAAGAAGGCCUACAUGGUUACAUCAUCAUAAUUAAAAUGGAAGAUCUUUUGCUGGAACAAAUUUCCUGAACAGGUCCAGGGCUCUUCUGUUGGACCAAUGAUGAUGAAAGAGUCAAAAGAUGAAUUCACAACCAGUGGGAACAGAGAAAAUGAUUCCAGCACAGUACCCAACGGGGUCUCCAGGGAUCAGACAAAAGUCCUGAGUCUACUGCAAGGUUUACGCUUGUGUCAGGAUGCCUGGGCUCCCAAGAGCCCUUGGGACAAACAUGGGGCUCAUGCCGCUCUGUGGGGCAGACCUUCUGGGAGUUUCCUGGUGGUCCAAGGGUCUUUGCCUCAAGACCAGCUUCUGUGCGUGUCUGUAGGGGACAGCGGGGAGCCGGUCAAAGAAUUCCCCAUCAUAGCCACUGGAACUGCGCUUCAACUGACAACGUCACAUCUGGCUUUCCCUGAUCUCUUUCAGCUGCUGCACUUCUAUACACUGAGCAGGGAUGUUUUACCUGUCUGUUUGUUGGUUCCCUCGUGGGUUUACACCCUUAACAAUCUACCAGAUCAUCUUGUUCCUCUGCUUGGUCCAAAGACCUGGCUGUGUCCCUCCUCAGAUCUGCAGGCUAACAGUAUGACUUCAGAAACACAAGACACUGCAGAAAUGCCAGAAACAGUCCUGUGCACCAUACAGGUUACAGCCGCCAGUGGUGCGCUGUGCUUCAUCAAUCCCUUGUACCUUCAAGAGCACGGGGAUGAUUGGCUUACUCAUUCUUCAUCCAACCCAAUCAAUCGUCCAAUCAGGCGAGACAAGCGGUUGAGUACCACAAGAGCAUGGGAAGGGAGAGGACUGAAACAGAGGUCAUUUACACUAGCCAAGGACAACUCUAGCAGUUUUGACCAUGACAGAGGAUCAUUUGAGAAGAGUCCAGUCACUCCAACUACCCCAAGCGGAGUUGUGCUUCGAAGGGCGAGUAACGCCAGCACGGAAGACCCCCUAAAAAGAGCAAGCAUAGACUCCAUUCAGAGCCCUCUCCCUCAGUCGCCACACCGUGUGUCGUGGAUAGAGGACAAGAUAUGGCUGAAUUCCUCUCUGCUUCAACCGCCCUGCUUAGAGCUGGACUCGCUGUCAGUCAGCAGUAUAGAGGAGGAGUAUGAACAAGCUUCAAGCCCGUCCCCAUCCCUACCUUCGCCCCGCUUCCAUUUGGCAGAUAAGAUGAAGAACCGCCUCUCGGCAGUGGGUCAGGCUCUAGGUGGGCUUGUGUCGCCACAGCGAAGACUGAGUAAACGGGUUCAGGAGAUGGCGGAACGGAAGGGUGGGGCUUUUGCAGAUGCUGUCAGGGGAUUUGUAGAGCAAACUCUUACAAGUGGAACCGAUGCUGGAGUGACCUCCACCGAGAUGCUGCAGGAAGUGCGUUCGGCUCUCACUGCCCUGAGGGAAAUGCUGUUUGAUUGUCCAGAGAUCCAAAGCAUCACAGACAGCUUUGGAGACACUCCAGAUUUUGAGCUGGAUGCUAUGCUGGAGCUUGCCUUACAUAAAGUAGCUUUGAAGCCAGUUUACGCUCACCUUUACGUGUAUCUAAAGACAGCCCGCAGGGAUGAUGGCACUCUGCAGCGUUUAGAAACCAACAAGAGCACACUGGAGAACCGCAGCCUGGAGGAGCUGGAGGGCGCAGCCGGGGCCGGGGUACCUGAUUCCAGCAUGAUGGAAAAGAUCCAGCAACGCUGGACUGCAAUGCAUGAGGCCUACUCACCUAGUAAAAAAGUUAACACCCUGCUCAAAGUCUGCAAGAAUAUCUACCAUAGCAUGAAUGCUAAUGCUAAGCCUGGAACGGUUUUCGGGGCAGAUGACUUCCUGCCGUGCCUGACGUGGGUGUUGCUGCGUAGUGAUGUAGCUAUACUACAGGUUGACACGGACUACAUGAUGGAGCUGCUGGACCCCAUGCAACUACAAGGAGAGGGUGGCUACUACCUUACGUCUCUCUACGCUGCCCUUUAUUACAUUAGCAGCUUCCAGCCUCGUCUAGCGAAGCGGCAACUCAGUGCAGAAGCACACAAGUCUCUCAGCCAGUGGCACCGCAGACGCACACUGCAUGGCAAUCAAUCACGCCACAGCCGAAACCGCAGGACCAUACGGAGGCAUGGACCGGCAGAAGGAACAACGGAGGACGGGGACUGUUUAAAUGAGAGCAAAGAGUCCAGCAGUCUGACUGACGUCAUGCCAGCCACCCAUAGCAUUCAAGAACCACUGCAGGGUUUGGAUGAAGAAUUAGAGGCUGUAACAGAAGAAGAGGAGGGAAGUGCAGGUCCAGAACAAAUACAGUUAACAGAGACACUGGACCUCACCAGUCCCGAAAGAGGUGAUGGAGAGUAAGCUGGAAAGAAGACAACUGAAAUUUGCAGGAUCCUAAGUUAAUACGCACGUGGUAUUAAAGAAAUUACCAUUGGACUUAUUAGUGAUGCUUCUGAAGGCAAAGCCAUUUACUCAGAUGAUACCUCAAAUCAUGCAACUUAAUGCGAAGAGUUCAUGCUAUUGCUUUUCUAAGCAAUCAGGAUUAUGAUUUUCACUUGUUAGAUCACAGAAUGGGUUAAAAAUUCCCACAGACUUACUUUGAAGGUGGGACUAUAGCAAUAGCAAGAGUCCUAGAAAAAAUACAUUUCCUUUUUCAGUAGGAAUUUCUCAUGAACAUGUUAUGACAAAACAAAUUGCAUAUAAAGAUAUAUAUAUAUAUAUAUAUAUAUAACUGUUCAAAAGAAGUUUUUUUUUAAUGUUUUAAAAGAAGUCUCUAAUGCUCACCAAGGCUGCAUUUAUUUUAUCCAAAAUACAGUAAAAACUGUAAUAUUAUAAAAUAUGAUUACAAUUUAAAAUAAAUGUUUUCUUUUUAAAUAUAUUUUAAAAUGUAAUUUAUUCCUGUGAUCAAAGCUGAAUUUUCAGCAUCAUUACUCCAGUCUUCAGUGUCACAUGAUCCAUCAGAAAUCAUUCUAAUAUGCUGAUUUGCUGCUCAAGAAACAUUUAUUAUUAUUAUCAAUGUUGAAAACAUUGUUCAAAAUAACAACAGUUAUUUGAAAUAGAAUCUUUUGUAACAUUCUAAAUGUCUAAAUGUCUGUCACUUUUGAUCAAUUUAAUGCAUCCUUGCUGAAUAAAAGUAUUAAUUUCUUUCCCAAAAAAAUUUAUUUACAACUGUUUUCAACACAGAUAAUAAUCAUAAAUGUUUCUUGAACAGCAAAUCAGCAUAUUAGAAUGAUUUCUGAAGGAUCAUGUGACACUGAAGACUGGAGUAAUGAUGCUGAAAAUUCAGCUUUGAUCACAGAAAUAAAUUAUAUUUUAAAGUAUAUUAAAAUAGAAAACCAUAAUUUAAAAUUGUAAUAAUAUUGUUGAUUGUCCUUACUGAAUAAAAGUGUUUUAUUUAAAAAAAAAUUCUGACCCUAGACUUUUGAACAGUAGAGUAUAUAUUCAAAUCAGUUUUAAAGUUUUUAUAAUUCAACAGUAUUUUUAAAUGUCUUAGGUAAAACGUUGUCAUAACUUACAUUUUCACCAGAUGUCAAAAUUCAGCUUUGAUCACAGGAACAAAUUACAGUUUAUAAUAUAUUCAAACAGAAAACAGCUAUUUUAAAUUGUAAUAAUAUUUCACAAUAUUACUGUUUUUUUGAUUAAAUAAAUGCAGUCUUGGUGAGCAGAAGAGACUUCUGUCAAAAACAUUAGAAAAUCUUACCGAUCCCAAACUUUUGAACGGCAAUGUGUGUGUGUGUAUAUAUUAAAAUUACAUUUUAAAAUAUAUUUAAAAAGAAAACAUUUAUUUUAAAUUGUAAUCAUAUUUCAUAAUAUUACAGUUUUUACUGUAUUUUGGAUAAAAUAAAUGCAGCCUUGGUGAGCAUUAGAGACUUCUUUUAAAAACAUAAAAAAAAACUUCUUUUGAACAUUUUAUAUAUAUAUAUAUAUAUAUAGCUUUAUAUUUACUAUUUUCAGUUUCCCAGUAUGCUUUAAUUUAUUCCAGAGUCUUCAAAAUGGAGCCAAACACAUUGAAUAAGGUUUACAAGAGGAAAAUCUUAACUAGCACACUUUACGUUAUCUGUUUUGUCCAUCUUGUUAGACUAAUGAAAGUCCUCUCGUGUUACUGUGUUGAAUUUAUUUGAAUUCAGACAUUUCCUCUUCCUGUCAUCCAUACCCUUUCAGAAUUAGGGCACGUCCCAGUACCCACUUUGUGGUCUUUGCACUUGACCACUUGUCUUCUUGCAUGACGUAUUUCCUGUAUUUAGCCCAAGUGUUCAAGUAGGUGCAAAGACCACAAGUGUACGUUUAACUUUUGAUUACCCAAAGGGACACACUUACAACACAGCGUUGUAAAAAUGCAAGAGUUUUAAUUUACUAUGAUUUUCAGUACUCUUUAUAAUAAACUUCAUAAAUUGUGUUUGUCACAUAGGGACCGAACAGACAUUUUAAAGGUUUUAUAACUCAUACUCAUCUCUGCAAAAAUAACAUUUCCAACACUUUACAUUUUAAUACCAAGUUAUAUGUGAAAUCUAAUUCAUUUCAAGUUUUCCUAGAGAUGUUGUGAAAUACAUAUGCUGGGAUAGAUAUGCUUAGCUCCCAGAUUUAAUGUGUGUUAAGUGUACUAUGCUUUGCCAUUUUUCAUACCUGGCACAGUCUUGCGCGCACACUUCCUGUUGCGUGCAUGCGCCCUCAAGUGGCCAAGACCGCAAGUGUGGGUAUUGGAACAGGCUGUUAGUAUGUAGGCCUACUAUGAAUUAUCUGCCGUUCAUUGUGACCACUAGGGGGAACUAUUGUACAUGUUUUCCCAUUCAUUUGUUACCAAAAACAUCAAAGAUUUUGAAUUCUUAAUGUGUUGUUCAAACAUUGUUUUGGAAAAGUAGUUAGGCUAUUUGUUAUGUCCACAGGGUUGUAAUUUAAAUGCAGUAUUUUGGUUUUGUGAACUGCAGCAUAUUUUGAUUUCUUGUAUGAAUUCUCAUGUUUCUUGAACAGACAGCACAUAAUCAGCCUAGACGUGAUCAUUAUAUGUACAUAGACCAUACAAUUUGAAAGAGCAAGACUCUAAUAAUUCGCAUCCUCUUGAGAUGUUCAUAUCACUUGGCAGUUAAUUGUGAAUGGUGCACACUAACACAUAACUGUUACAUUCUUAAAAUUGCUUGCUUGUUUAUAGAAUAAUAUAAACAGCAAACAGGAACCAGAUUACAAGCCCUAUUAAAUAUUUAGACGUGGCGUUUAGUCUAAUUCCAAAUGUUACAGUGUAUUUAACCUGUUUCCCAUCUGUAGCAAAAUCCAGAACUUUUUAGUCAUAAAUAAAACAAAUUUUAACAGUAAAA